AUGGCGCUCCCUGGGUGGCUGCCUGCGGCUGCUCUGCUGCUGGUGGUGGUGGGGGCCGCCUCCCUGGCUCUGUACCACUGGCGGCGCUACUGCACGUUCUUCUCGCGCCGCGGCGUCCCCUGCGCCCCCCCGCUGCCGCUGCUGGGCAACAUGCUGGACGUGGUGCUCGGCAGGAGGUCCUUCGCCGACGUCGCUGCCCGUCUGUACCGCCAGCUGGAGCCCUACUCUUAUGCUGGGGUCUACAAUUUAGCGAGCCCAGUGUUGCUGGUGAGGGAUCCCGAAAUCGUCCACGCCAUCACCACCACCGAUUUUGACCAUUUCACCGAUCACGCCGAUUUCAUGAGCGUCGACGGGUGCAACCCACUACUGCAGCGAAUGAUUCUCGCACUGAAAGAGUGCAAAGCAGAGAUAAAUUGUGGGGAAGGUUUUGUUAAUUUUGAGGGUGAUGGAUCAAGGAUCAGUGUGAUGUUUGAUGGAUUGGUUAUAGACAAGGACAACUUAUUAGGGCAUUUGAAAGUGAAGAUGAUGCCUGUAGGGAGUAGUUUGGGUAAUGUUAAGCUGAACUUGGAUUAUAGAAGUGAGGAGGAUACAAAUGGACUGAUAGACGAACUGGAGAACCAAAUGUCUCAAGUUGAAGGGUUAGCUUCCUCAAGAAAGGAAGACAUUUUCACCGUAGAGAUGAAGGACCUCUUCACCCGGGUGGCGAACGAUAUAAUUGCAACGACGGCUUUUGGUCUCAAGGUGGAUUCGCUGAUGGACCGCGACAACAGUUUUUACCGCAUGGGCCGCAGACUGACGAAGGUGAACCCCCUCACCGCUGCUGGUUACUUCGUAUCGCCGAGGGUCAUGCAGGUGCUGGGCAUCCCAUUCUUCGACCGAAAGUCGGUGCAAUUCUUCAGGUCAAUGGUAACGGACGCAAUUCAGGCCAGAAAGAGGGAGGGUAUCGUUCGUGCGGACGUGAUGUAUGUGCUACUGCAAGCACGCCGAGGUGACCCAAGCUCUGAGGAACAAGAGAAGAUCGGACCUACAAAACGCGAUGUUUUGACUCUGACUGACGACGACAUCGCGGCGCAGGCUCUGAUAUUUUUCUUCGGUGGCUUCGAAAACGUGUCAACAGCGCUGGCCUUCUGCAGCCACCUGCUGGCUACACACGCGGAGGUGCAGCGGCGCCUGCUGGACGAGGUGGACGAUCUGAUGCGGAAGAGCGGGGGCCAGCCCAGCUACGAGCAGGUCAUGGCCAGCCAGUACCUCGACAUGGUCGUCUCCGAGUCGCUCCGGAUGUACCCAUCUGCCUUCGUCCUCGACCGCCAGUGCGUGCGACCCUAUCGACUGCCGGCCACAGAGCACUGCCGGGGAGUCGAACUGCGGCCCGGGGACGACGUCUGGGUGUUUGUCCACGCCAUCCACAACGACCCCAAGUACUUCCCACAGCCAGAGCGCUUUGACCCGCAACGCUUUAGCCCCGAGAACAGGCGCAGCAUCAACAAGUCCACUUACUUCCCCUUCGGAUCUGGGCCUCGCAUGUGCAUUGCCCAGAGGUUCGCGUUGAUGGAGGUGAAGCUGGUGCUGGUGCACCUGCUGGCGCGGUUCAGCCUGGUGGCCGUCGCCGAAACGCCGGCGACUCUCCAGACGGACCCCAGCAGUCUGACGAUGGCCAUCAAGGGCGGCAGCUGGCUCGGAGUGCAGCGCAGACGUCGAACACAAUUGGACAGCGAAGUUGCCUCGUUCGGGGGCUCUCGAGAGAGCGCGUUAAUGAGAAAUUUGUAACUGGUACUACUCUAGUACAAGAAUCUUGCAUUCUGUAGAAUAUGAGAGCAGAAGCGGAUCACUGGUAGUCCGUGGAGAACUUUUCAGCUGACGCGCAACACUUGCGACAUACAAAUUCGAGGUCUGUAAAUAAGUAAUGACUCAGAUUUUUUACGAGAAUCUUAAGAACAAA